AUGACUCUCAACUUUAUUCUAAGGUAUCCAAUAUUAUAUACUAGUGCUUUUUUAAGUCUAUCUCGCUGUAUAAUACAUACAUUAACUCCAAUCCCCAAAUAUUUAAAAGAUAUUGCAAAAAUUCCAUUGCUUGAAAGAGAAGAUUCAACUUGUAUUAAGGCAAUUUGGAAAGAAAGAUUUCAAUACUCCCGAAACAUAAUAGUUGACACUAUAAAUAGUGAAACCUAUACAAAUAUAUAUUUAGCAGCCAAGGUAAAUCCAAUGUUCAUCAUUCCGCCUAGUGAAAAGCAUAAUAGCUUUCAUUGGAUGAUCUUUCAAUGUCAAGAAUAUCCUCUAAAACAUAUUUUGAUAACAUAUAUUAAAGAGUUUAAUAACGGUAAUUUUACCCCCUUUAUUAUAUUUAAUUGGUUUAAUGAAUUACAAAAGUCCAAGUCAUUGGUUCUCUUAAAAUUAGAUAUAAUACAUCCUGGAAUAUCGAAAUUACAAGGUAGCUUUAUUUUCAACUAUAUACUUAGGUGCUAUCAAGAUCCGAAGAUAUUCCAAUUCGUCAAAAUAUUUAAUCAAAGUCCAAGAGAAUUCAAUAUUAAUCAAUUUGUGGAAGUAUCUAGAAAUGAAUUAAAUGUUUGGAAUAUAUCAAAUAAAUUUUGA